AUGUAUCCGGUCCCAGUGGUUUUGACGCAACAAAUAGGUGGUGGGAAAUCCCUUACCUACCAACUACCAGCACUGCUCUGCUCUGGAACUACGCUUGUGAUUUCCCCCUUGAUAUCCCUCAUUACCGAUCAAAUCCUCCAUCUACACGAAGCUGGUGGAGCCGCCUCGAAGGAAGAGCAACGUAGUAUUUUACAACGACUGGUGCAAGGUUCGAGCAAAGGGAAAGGUCCAGUAAAUCUAAAUGGAGGACUGAAUGAGAUCAAAUUACCCGAGAAAAUUGCUAAAAGCAAAACGUUCCUCUCGACAUUGCAAAAAAUGGCGAACAACGGCACAUUGGUCCGAAUAGUCAUCGAUGAAGCCCACUGUGUCUCCCAACUUGGCCAUGACUUCCGGCCGGAUUACCAAAAGUUAUCCAUUCUCCGGCAAUUGUUCCCCCACGUGCCAAUCCUAGCCCUCAGUGCUACAUGUCCACCAAAAGUGCUCCAAGAUCUCCUAAAAACACUCAGAAUGGACUCCGUAGUCGAUGGAAACAGCAAAAAUCUACACUAUAGGGUCGUCCAGAAGCCUGCCUCCGCCAGUGAUGUGAUUGACGUCAUGGCCAAAUACAUUACCGAAGAGCAUAAUGGGCAUACGGGUAUAGUCUAUUGCCUUAGUAAGAAGGAUGCGGAAACAGUCGCUGCAGGCCUACAAGACGUGUCCAAGGGCAAAAUUCGUACCGGUGUCUAUCAUGCCGACAUAGGCGACGCCGAGAAGGAACGGCUACACAAGAAAUGGAGGAAAGGGGAGGUCAAAGUCGUUUGCGCAACUAUCGGUAUAGAUAAAGGAGAUGUUCGCUUUGUCCUCCACCAUUCAAUGUCGAAAUCCCUUGAUGGGUUUUACCAAGAAAGUGGCCGCGCAGGGCGUGAUGGCAAGGAUAGCGAUUGUAUUCUUUAUUACAGGGGACAGGAUGUGAGUCGUCUGUCUGCACUGUGCAUGAUAUGUUACGAUUUGCCCAGGACCUACAAGAGUGUAGAAAAUUACAAUUCGCCAAGUCAGCCCCAACCAUCCGUGUUUGAUAGUGCCGAGGGGUCCGAGACUCUUUCACCCUGUGGGCACUGCGACAAUUGUGCUCGUGCUCAAGAUUCACUCGAUAGCAGGGACGUUACAAUUGAGUCGUGGAAAGUUGUGAAGAUAGCUAGGACAAUUGAAACGGGUGGUGGCAGGGUCACUCUUGGAAUGCUCUCUGAUCUUGUACGAGGGGCAGGGGGCGGUGCGUUUGAAGUUGGUGGGGGUGGGAGAGGUAAAAACAAGGAUAAGGUCCGAUUGGAUUUGGAUGACGUCUGUGGUGGAAAGGUAGAGCUUCAUAAGGACGUGAGUAUACUCUUGCCACGCUUCUCAUCAUGCGGGGUUGACAGUGAAUCCUUAUCUAGGACGUGGAAAUCCCCGGUCAGCAGGCCCUACGGCUUUCCCGGCUUUCAAAAGACGACAUUGAAAGUGGCAAGGGCCCUCGAAUUGUGA